GCUAGUAGUCAUCAAAACAAAUAUGGCGUCGAGAGCCAAACCCGUGAAUGUCAUUUUUAGUACUUGUGUGCAAUUCUAAGUGAAAUUAAAGCGUGAUAUUGUCAAAAUAAUAUGAAAACAUGGAGGUGCCAAAUAAUACCACAUCUUCUGCAAGUUUUCGUGAUAUAUUUGAGUCUGAAUUGACAGAAUACGAACAAAAACACCAAGGGGCUCAAAAAAAACCAUGGACCGCCGAAAAAGUGUUUGAGGUUAUGAACAAUAUCCGAAAAGCUAGGGUGACCGAGAGUUCCAAUCAACCCAGGACGUCUAUGGACUAUUACUGGUUAUCAAAGUAUGACAUAAUGAAAAUAGAAAAUAAAGAGUGUUUAAUAUUUAAACGGAAAACUCUUAAAGAUCCAACUAUAUGUAUUGUACCAAAAAACGAAUACUUUAGCAUUCUGGAAGAAGUGCAUAUAUCUUGCGGUCACGGCGGGCGAGACAAAAUGACACAAGCUAUAAAGUCCAAAUUUUAUAUACCAAAGAAAGCUGUAGAAAUAUUCGUUUCUCAUUGUCCUAUAUGUGAAACGAAAAAACAGCUCAGGAAAGGAAUUGUGUCUCAAGAUUUCAAUAUCACGGGGCAGGUGGAUUUAAUUGAGUUCCAGUCUUGUCACGACGCCGACGGCGAAUAUAAGUGUAUGCAAAGUGCUAUUUCUACGUAUGAUACUCUGCAGGAUGAAUUUACCGACGCCGAUACGAGUUCAGGAAUCUCACCAGAUCGUCGGCCGUCGUCCACCAGCAACACUCCCAACCAAGCCCCUGACGACAUCCCAGAAUCCGAUGACGCACACGCUCCACUGCCGUUCACCACACAUCCACACAAGCGACAAACGUCCAAUCGCAAACGCAAGCUAACAAACGAGAAAGUCUCAUCCACGCAUGAGGCGUUUGGUCACUAUAUUGCGGACAAGUUACAAAAUCUGCCGCAUAAGCAACGAAUUUUUGCGGAGAAAAUUAUAAAUGACGCAAUUUUUGAGGCGGAGCUUGGGAAUUUGAGUAGAGACUGCUAUGUUUAUGUGCCGGCACGGAUAAAGACAUCGGGUUCGGAGUGA